AUGCCUGUCGCCAAGAUCGUCACCAACCCCCACUUUGCCUUCAUCACCCCCGAGAAGCUCGUCCGUGUUGCUCCUUCUCUUGCUAUUUGGGGUGCUGCUGCCGGUUCCGCUGUUAUGUUGCUUGGCUCUGAUGUUCCUCUUGUCAAGAAGGAUAUCUUGUCCCGUAUUCCCGUUGUUGGCUCUUACUGGGCUGUUCCUGAGGAGAGCUCUGAGUAA